AACACACACACACACACACACACACACAUGCUCUUCGCUACUGAGUGACGCUACUCUUCAGUUAAGUCCUUGUUCUCAAAGGGUGCAGACAAGAUGUUACGUGCGUUGCCAUCAAGUUCUCAAACUAUUCUUCGUAAUGUCAAGUGUAUUGGGACAGCAUCUGCCAGCAUGCCACCAUGUGACUACCAGCCACCAACAUAUAAGGGAAUGAGCUAUGAUGAGAUGAAAGAAGUAAGGAAGAAGAACUUGAAUCCUGCACUUGUAACAAAUUUUAGUAAGCCUCUGCUGAUCCAUGAGGGACACAUGCAGUGGUUGUUUGAUGAAACAGGGAGGAGGUAUUUGGACUUGUUUGGAGGCAUUGUCACUGUCAGUGUUGGACACUGCCAUCCGAAGGUAAAUGAAGCUGCCAAAGAACAGUUGAACAAGUUGUGGCACACGACCAAUAUCUACAUGCAUCCCAAGAUUCAUGAGUUUGCUGAGCGAAUCACUGAAACUCUUCCAGGUGACCUCAAGGUUGUGUAUUUUGUGAACAGUGGAUCUGAGGCAAAUGAUUUGGCAAUGAUGAUGGCAAGACUCUACACUGGAUCAUUUGAUAUUGUAACCCUGAGGAAUGCUUACCAUGGAGCAUCACCGUACAGUAUUGGCCUUACUGCUCAUGGCACAUGGAAGUUUGGCUUUGCUAAUGGAUUUGGUGUUCAUAAUGCUUCCAAUCCUGACCCAUAUCGAGGAUUGUGGGGUGGCUACCGAGACUGUGUGGUGCAGUCAGUGAGAGCCACAGAGAGCACAUUGGAGGGAGGAGAGUGUUCUUCAGCACAAAAAUAUGUGGAUCAACUGGAGGAGGUGCUGUCCUACUCAAUUCCUCGAGGCCAACUUGCUGCCUUUUUUGCAGAACCCAUACAGGGAGUGGGAGGCACUGUGCAGUUCCCACUUGGCUACCUGAAGAAGGCAUUUGAGAAAGUACGAGCAUAUGGUGGUUUAUGUGUGGCUGAUGAGGUACAGAGUGGUUUUGGACGGACUGGAGACCACUUUUGGGGUUUUGAAGGCCAUGAUGUCAUCCCAGACAUAGUGACCAUGGCCAAAAGUAUAGGUAAUGGCUUUCCCCUAGCUGCUGUGGUUACCACACCUGCCAUUGCAGCCACCAUGUCUAAGGCACUCCAUUUCAACACUUUUGGAGGCAACCCCAUUUCCAGUGCUGUAGGAAUCUCUGUGUUGGAUGUUAUAAAAGAGGACAAGACACAAGAAAACUGUCAGGUUCUCGGCCCCUACUUUUUAAAUAAGCUUGCUGAAAUUCGUGAUAAGUAUCCCAUUGUGGGUGAUGUGCGUGGCAAAGGCCUCAUGCUGGGAAUGGAACUGGUGGAGGACAAGGAAACCCGUCAGCCCAUCAGCCCCCAGCGGAUGAUGGAGGUGUGGGAUGGCCUAAGGGACCUUGGAGUGCUGAUGGGGCGAGGUGGACACUAUGGACAGGUUCUGCGAAUCAAGCCCCCAAUGUGUAUCACCAAAGAAGAUGUGGACUUUGCCAUUGCAGUGCUGCAGCAGGUGCUGGACAAAACGUGUGAUAAGUAAUUCUUUAUGUGUUUAUUCAUCAGGUACAAGAAAUCACAUGAGCAGAACAUACUAUAUAAUGAUCCUGCUGUGGUCACAAUUUAUCCUCUUCUGAGGGUGUUGUCUCCACAUAACUGUCAUUUCCUGGCAGUUUUUAAGCAUGGGCAUCAAAUAUGUAAAGGUGAUGUAGAUGUACAACAAAUCCUCUACCAAAAUCUUACAUAGCACAUGGGGAAAAGUUAUAGAAAAUGCUACAAAUAAUAAGAGUUAAGUCUAAUCACCUUAAAACAUGACCAUUCAAGUUGCUGAGAAUGACUGCAUUUUAUUGUGACAUGGAGUUAAAUUCACUGUUUACUUUUCUGACAGCCUUCGUCUCCCAUCCUACACAGAGACAACUGGUGUGUGCAGAAACUGCUUAUGCUGUAUAAUAACUGACUUCAGGAACCAAAAUAAAAAUAGGAACAUGUAUUACCAGAGUAAAUAGGAUUGAUAAUCUACCUUCAUAUGAUAAGGAAAGAAAUUCUGCCCAGCAGGAGAGGUCAUGAGAACAGUGAUAACUGCACCACAAGCCUUGAGUCUUUUGUGGCAUAAAAAUUACAGUGUAAUAACAACUGAUGUUAUCCUUUCUGCAUUCUUUAGUUUGGUAUGACCUGCAGUAGCAAGUUACAAGAAUUAUUUUUCACAUCUUUUUCUAUUCUCUUUCAACCAAGCAUUAAAUAAGUAAACAAAUAUCUUAUACAUGAUAAUCAUGUAUAAGAUGGAAGAUAACUAAAAAGGGAACAAAUACAAUUAUUCUAUGUUUUUACACUUAAAGAAUAAUAUUAAGUUUUGUAUACUUUGCAAAAAAAAAAUCAUGUUUUUAAGCAUUUCUAUAUCAGUAUGACACUCUUUUUAUUAAUGAAAGCUUUCACCUAUACUGACUACUUGUUCAAAUGAAUUAUCGCAUUAUAUUCAGUACUAUUCUGGUUCCAGCACUAGCAAACUACAUUCAGGCCUCACCUUUAAGAGCAAUGAUAUGAAUCAUCCUCCUUUCCAUUCCAGUGUGUAAAAAGGAGGAUAUGAUGUUGGUGAUGAAGAUGAUGGUAUUCAAUUUUCUGAUUUUUCUUUUGUCGAACUGUCUUCAUGUUUUUUCUUAACCUUCCCAAAAGCUAUAACCAUUGGCUUAUCAUUCAAUAUGUAGCCAUUGACAUCCUCAAGAGCUUCAGAUGCUUGUUUCACUUUGGGAAAGGUGAUAAAUGCUUGACCCUUCAUGCGUCCCUCUUUCAUUAAAGAAAUGGAAAAUCUAGAAAAGAAAGAGACAUAUGAAAACUAUAUAUAAAUGCUACUAUGCUACUACUUUAAAAAACUGAAGGAAUCUUCAGACUUACUGUUUUUAUAUAUUUUGUUGUUGUUGUACUGGCAACGAAGCUGUUUUCCACAUCCUUUAUACCUAUUUAUGAAUAGGUUUUUAGUAUGUUUACAUUUCUGAAUCUAUUCAUGAAUAUUCUAGUUCCAUUUAGUGAUGGUGCAUCCAAUCUUGGAAAGCGUUGGUUCUCCAGAGGUGCUUGUGCACACUUGGGUUUUUCACAUUUCUGCUACAACUAACUUCUUGUGGAAAUGUCAGGCUGGUAUAUAGGCAGAUUACUACUACUACUACUACUACUACUACUACUACUACUACUACUACUACUACUACUACUAUGACUUCUACUACUGCUACUAUUACUGCUCCUAUACUCACUGUUUAGCUUCAUCUUCAUUCUGCCAGAAAACAUAAUGACCAAAUAUGAACUUCAGAUCCUCUUCAGUUGUUGUUUUAGCAAGGUUCUUGAUAUACAGCUUGACCGAAGGUUCUCCAGGAGUAUAGUUCUUAAAGACUGGUAGUAUUGGCCACUCUGUCAAAAUGCAAAUAAUAUUAGGAAUUUUCAGUAUUUAGUUGAUUUUAUUUAUUUAUUUUAUUUUUUAUUUAAAACAUUUUUUUUUACAUAUCUAUCUUUGCCCCUCAUGUGCAUGAAUUUUUAUCUUUUUUACAGGUAACUUUUUUUCUGCAUAUGUGUACUGACAUUAAAAAAAGAAAUAAUAAUAAAAUAAAUAAUAAAAAGAAUAAUGAGAAAAGCAAAA